AUGGUAAUUAAAAUUAAUAAACUUAUCAAUUUCGGUUAUAUUUCAAUUCAUUCUCCUUCUGUCUGUCCUCCUUCUUCUUUUGUUAAAUCAGUUACUUCUAAAACCAAUCAUUUGUCAUCAAUAAAUGAAAUUAUUAAUUCUUGUGACUCAAUUCAUAUACCUCAAUGCAAAGUAUUAUAUGAUAGUGAAAUUGAUUGUUUAGAUUCUUUCUCUUUAUUCUCUAAAAUUCAUGGAAGAAAAAAUAUCCAUUUAAUUGUUAAAACCUUAAACGGUCAUUUAUUUGGUUCGUUCCAUUCAUCUAUCCCAUUUAACAUUAAACAUGGUAUUAUUCAAACAGAUUGCACUAUUUUCAAAUUAUCAAAACCUCCUUUAGUUCUAUUUCCAAAUAAACAACUAACUUCAAUCCAAUUCAAUUUUGAAGACAAAACAACAAUAUACACUAUUGUUGAUGCAUUUUCAAUUAGGAAAGAAACUGGUCUUGUUUAUCCGACAAUUAAACAUAAUUACCAUUCUUCUUCUUCUCUAAUCCAAAUUAACCCAUCAAUAUUAGCCCAAGACCGUACUUUUUCAAUUCAAAGAAUUAUAGCAUUUGAAACUGAAGCAGAUAAUACUCUCAUUAAUUCAUUACUCUAA